UUCAAGCAGCUACAAUCACUGCAGUCAUGGCUUCCUCCAGCAGUUUCCUGUCUGAAGAUCAGCUCCAGUGCUCCAUCUGUCUGUAUGUGUUCACUGAUCCAGUCUCUACUCCAUGUGGACACAACUUCUGCAUGAUCUGUCUGAAAAAGUACUGGGACACCAGUUCACACUGUCAGUGUCCAGUAUGUAAGAUGGAUUUCCCCAAAAGACCUGAACUACAUGUUAACACCUUCAUCUCUGGACUGGCUGCUCAGUUUAGGAAGCCAGUUCAGGUCAAAUCAAGCAGCACUGCAAGAGAACCUACCAAAUCUCUGGUGUUCUGUGAGGUCUGCAGUGAGAAGAAACGUGAAGCUCUGAAGUCCUGUCUGAUCUGUAUGGUCUCUUACUGCAAGACUCACCUGGAACCUCAUGAGAAAGUUUCUUUAUUAAAGAAACACAAACUAAUAGAUCCUGUGGAGAACCUGGAGGAUUACAUCUGUCAGAAACAUGGGAGACCUCUGGAGAUGUUCUGUAGAGACGACCAGACGUGUGUGUGUCUGUUCUGCACUGAAACAGACCACAAGAACCACAACACAGUUCCUAUAGAGGAGAAGAGUGCAGAGAAGAAGACUCAGCUGGGAGUAACAAAAGCAGAAGUUGAGCAGAUGAUCCAGGACCGACUGAAGAAGAUCAAAGAAAUCAAACAUUCUACAGAACUAAAUAAAAAAAACACAGAGAAGGAGAAAGCUGACAGCAUGGAGAUCUUCAGAGCUCUGAUACACAGCAUUGAGAGAAACCAGGCUGAGAUGCUGAAGGUGAUGGAAGAGAAGCAGAGAGCAGCAGAGCAUCAGGCUGAAAAGUUCAUUAAAGGUCUGGAGCAGCAAAUCACUGAGCUAAAGAGGAGAAACACUGAGCUGGAGCAGAUCUCCAACACUAAGGAUCAUCUCCACCUCCUACAGAUUUACCCGUCCCUGUGCAGACCUCCACCCACCAACAACUGGACUGAUGUCAGUAUUCAGUCUCAUCUGGAUGUGGAAACUCUGAUAAGAGCUCUGUCUCAGCUUCAGGAAUGUGUUGAUGAAGAAAUGAAGAAGGUUGUCAGUAUGGAACUGAAGAGAAUUCAACAAUAUGCAGUGGACGUGAUUCUGGAUCCUGAUACAGCAAAUCCUAAACUGAUCCUGUCUGAUGAUGGAAAACAAGUUACACUUGGAGACAAACGACAGAAGCUUCCUGAUAAUCCAGAGAGAUUUAAUUGCUGUGUCUGUGUGCUGGGAAAGGAGGGAUUCUCCUCAGGGAGAUUUUAUUAUGAGGUUCAGGUUAAAGGGAAGUCUAAGUGGUAUUUAGGAGUGACCAGAGAGUCCAGUAACAGGAAGGGGAGGAUUACAGCAAAUCCUGUUAAUGGAGAAUGGUCUGUGUGUCUGAGAAAUCAAACUAAAUAUAAGGCUCUGGAGUCUCCCUCUGUCUCCCUCUCCUUGAAACAGGCUCCUCAGAAGGUGGGGGUGUUUGUGGAUUAUGAGGAGGGUUUGGUCUCCUUCUAUGAUGUUGAGAAUGAGUCUCAUAUCUACUCUUUCACUGGUCAGUCUUUCACUGAGAAACUCUGUCCAGUAUUCAGUCCCUGUCCAAAUGAUGAAGGUGAAAAUUCAGCACCACUGAUCAUCUGCCCUGUUAGUCAAGUUCAGUCUUAAUGAGUGAAUGCAAUGCAAUGUGCAACACUACUGUCUAAUUAAUAUUGUUCUACAACAACUUUUUCUUUUUUUCUAUUAAGAACAGGGGGCAUCAUAGCAACCACCUACAAUACCAUAGCAACCCUCUAGAAACACAAUUUACAAUUUGAAGAAGAGAAGCUCAGGUAGGCAGCGGUUAUGAUUUUAUGCUGCUGUGUGGUUGAUCUGGGUCGCGGUGCUGCUGUUUACUGUGCAAUUUCAUUUGGCAAUGAUAGAAAAGCAUCAUCAAAUAUUGUGUUUUUUAUUUUAUUUUUUUGAAGCUCAUUUAUUUGAAGGUAAACGGAGCAGAAAUGUGAUUGUGAGAUUCUGCUGGUUUGUUUGAUAUAAAUAUUGUUAAUAUUAAUACAAAUACAGCCUGUAAUAAUACAAAAUAUAAACACUGUAAAUCUAUGAGAAUGUAUCAGAACUACAAUGAUUUGUGUUUUUAAGAAAACUUAUAAACAAUAAGCUUAAAUUAAGACAUUUUAAGCUUUCAAAUGGUCUUUUAUUUACCAGCAAGGGAUAUGUUGAUGAUGUAAAAUUUACAGAUAUUAAUUCUUGUUUAUUUCUGUACCUGAAUAUGAACAGCGGUCUGCCAUUGUACUUAAGUUUGCAUUAUAUCAUAUCACCACUUCUCAAAAGCAUAUCGAGAUAUCAGUUUUUUAAUCAUAUCGCCCAGCCCUAGCACACAUGCACCAUGAUGCCAAGCCAUCUCACAAUACCAUAGCAACCAAUAAUCCAAUAAACAUGUAGAAUACCAUAGCAACUAUCAAGCAACACACUUAUACUGACCAGAAAUACCAUAGAGCCACCCUAGUAACCACCUGGAAUAUGUAAGUACUUACCCAAGCAACACUGGAAACCCCUCUGACAUGACUGGACGUGUGUUGUAGGGGUCGUGUGAUGGUCCACGGCUCUCCUUGGCCAGAGAUAUUGUAAGCAUUGUAAGGUAUUACAUGGAGUCUUAUGUUUUACAUUAUUUUAUGUAUUCUGUGAUGUUUUUGCUCUGAAAAGUCUAAUUAGAUUUUAUUUUAUGCCAUCAAUAUGACAUUUAAUCAAUAUUCUUUUUUAUUGCAUGGCUUGUGUAAUGCACG